CGCAGGUUUUGAGAAGCCGUCGGCCAUCCAGCAGAGAGCCAUCAAGCAGAUCAUUAAGGGGAGAGACGUGAUUGCCCAGUCACAGUCAGGAACAGGGAAGACAGCAACAUUCUCCAUCUCUGUAUUGCAAUGCCUGGAUAUACAGGUUCGUGAGACCCAGGCAUUGAUCUUGGCACCCACUCGGGAGCUGGCUGUACAGAUUCAGAAGGGUCUUCUCGCUCUGGGAGACUACAUGAAUGUCCAGUGUCAUGCCUGCAUCGGAGGGACCAACGUAGGUGAAGAUAUCCGAAAACUGGAUUACGGGCAGCAUGUUGUUGCUGGCACUCCAGGCCGUGUGUUUGAUAUGAUUCGUCGUCGAAGUUUAAGGACUCGUGCCAUCAAAAUGCUGGUUUUAGAUGAAGCAGAUGAAAUGCUCAAUAAAGGUUUUAAGGAGCAGAUUUAUGAUGUGUACAGGUACUUGCCUCCAGCUACACAGGUGGUUCUGAUCAGUGCCACUUUGCCUCAUGAAAUUCUGGAGAUGACCAACAAAUUCAUGACAGACCCCAUUCGCAUCUUGGUGAAACGGUGAGUUUCCUUGGAAAGAACAGGAGCUCUUGGU